GCUUGGUGUUCCUCAAUUUCCACAAGAUGCUCGAAUGAGAACGAGGCCGUCGAAUGUGGGCCGACGAGAUUCGGCCGGCAUCUUCAUCUAUCACUCGGUCUAGCCUAUCGCCAUGGCCGCGACUGCUUCCGUGCAUGAAGAAGGCUUGGCAGAGCAUUUUUUGCAUGCUGACGCCGAUACCGACUGCAACGGCUGACAUAGGACCAUGUCUCGAGGCCACACUUCGUAGUACGACGGCAACUCCAAAGCGUCCAAAGCUCCCCGUGGCUUCCCCACCCAACAAGUCUCGCCCACAUGUCGUUUGCGGCGUGUGCCACCUUUUGUAACACGGAAAUAGUGUGUCUCCUGAAGUAGCGUGACAACACUACCACGGUGCUUGAAGCGUGUUUUUGUAUCAAUCACGAAGCAAUGGACGCCGCCACCGACUCGGAUGCGAUGCUCGAGGCGUACGAGGCGACGCUGUACGCUGGCAAGUCGGCCGACGAGGUCGACGCCAUCAAGACGCGCAAAAAGCAUGCAACAACGGUCGCGGUCUGCCAAGCGAUGCUGCUCCAGGAGACGUGGCUCGAGGACCCGUCCAUCUCGGAGCGCGAGAUCUACCUUUGCUACGCGACCGCGCUCGAGGGCCUGCACCGGCGCUACGAAGCCAUCGACGUUCUCUCCAGCGCCAUCGACAUGUACUUCCCUGACGACCCGUCGCUGCUCCUCGCGCUCGGGCGACUGCAAUUCAAGGCCGGUCACUACAACGACGCGCUCGCGCUGUGCGUGGCCGUGACCGAAAUCUUUGCCAAAGACGCAGCGGCGUGCGACGUUGACACGGCCGCCGACGCCUACCAUCUUGCAGGCUGGGUCAAGAUCCACGGCGACGACCAUACGCGCGCCUACAAGCUCUGGAGCGAUGGCAGUCGAGCGAUCCCGUCAUGCCCCGUCCUUGCGCGGCAGCGCCGCAAGCGCCAGUGCUGGGACGAAGCAGCGGUCCAUGAAGAGCUAUUGCCGAAUCUCGUUGGCGACGGCGCGCUACCGCCGUUUGCAGUGCAAGGGUUCGAAGCGGCGCCGACUCCUGCCCACGCUAUCUUUGAUGCCACCGCACAAGCCGGCCGGCUCGUGUUUCGCUCACAAUUGCCGCUUCUGACACGCAGCGAGUGCGAAAAUGUGCUUGCGCUCGUGCAUGCGCACCACGAGGCUGUCCUUGGCGGUGUCUGGGGCACGGUGCGGCACUCGAGCGUCAAGACGACCGACGUGGCGGUCGAAGACAUUGCAGCGCUGCGCCCGUGGCUCCGUACUCUGCUCGCAACGCGCGUGUACCCGUUCUUGGCGACGUGCUUUCCAGUCCUCGCCGAUGGGUCGAGCAUGUUCGAUGCCGUGACGCAACAGAGUCGGUGCCGCGUGCACGAUGCCUUUAUCGUGCGCUACGACGCUGAGCGCGACGGGUCGCUGAGUCUCCCCGAGCACAACGACACGAGCGUCACGAGCGUCGUCAUCACGCUCAACGACACCUUUGUCGGUGGCGGCACGUGGUUCGAAGCGCUCGACCAGGUGGUGGACGCCGGCGUCGGGCACGCGGUCGCGUUUGCCGGCCCGCUGCGGCACGCUGGGUACCCGAUCUCGAAAGGCACACGCAUGAUCCUCGUGCUCUUUCUCUACGUGGCCGACUUUGCGUACGGGACGUACCUCGACAACUACGGCGCCACCGAGACGACGACCGCAGCGCGAACGACUCCGUCGGGUGACGCGCCCGGUGGGUUCGUCGUCUACAACCAGACCGUCGAGCUUGUCAACACGCUCAACCAAGGCACGACCAUGGACCUCAGCGCGUAGAGUAAACGUCCGCAUUUCAAUACACAUCACCGUGUUCCUUCUCCCGAGGAAGAGUCUCGCU